UCGCCCCUGCGUGACCGGCCGGUGCGGGAGCUCCGCGGCCGGGUGGGCCUCCUGGCACGUGGGUCCCGGCGGCGGCGGCGGCAGGACGCGGGCACCGGGCGCGGCGGCCGCCCCGCUGCGGGCGGACAGGCCCCGCGGAGGCCAAUGCCGGAGCAGAGCAGGUGGCCCCGGGAGGGCUUGGCCUGGCUGGCUUCCCGUGAUCCAGAGCCCACACUGUCUCCACCUCCCUGUGUCUCAGGAGCCCACAACACUGCCUACCCUGAGAAAUGCUGGAAGCUGGGUGCGGCCCCAGGCGGGGGACCUGUUUUUCCUGUUUCCUGCAGAGUUCCCUGCAGCCCAGUCCAAGCCUGUGCAUUCAUGAGUGAGGAACCCGAGCGGGCACCGAGCAUCCUGACAGCAAGAGCAGGGGCCGGUCAGGGCCAUGGCCGCAGCCCCCGGCCUCUGGAACAGCUCCAUCAAUGACACGUGGGAUGGGGACGAGCUGGGCUACAAGUGCCGCUUCAACGAGGACUUCAAGUACGUGCUGCUGCCCGUGUCCUACGGCGUGGUAUGCGUGCUGGGGCUGUGCCUGAACGUGGCGGUGCUCUACAUCUUCCUCUGCCGCCUCAAGACCUGGAACGCCUCCACCACCUACAUGUUCCACCUGGCCGUGUCGGACGCGCUGUACGCGGCCUCCCUGCCCCUGCUGGUCUACUACUACGCCCGCGGCGACCACUGGCCCUUCAGCACGGUGCUCUGCAAGCUGGUGCGCUUCCUCUUCUACACCAACCUGUACUGCAGCAUCCUCUUCCUGACCUGCAUCAGCGUGCACCGCUGCCUGGGCGUGCUGCGCCCGCUGCUGUCGCUGCGCUGGGGCCGGGCCCGCUACGCGCGGCGGGUGGCGGCCGGCGUGUGGGCGCUGGUGCUGGCCUGCCAGGCGCCCGUGCUCUACUUCGUCACCACCAGCGCGCGCGGCAGCCGCAUCACCUGCCACGACACCUCGGCCCCGAGCCUGUUCGGCCAGUUCCUGGUCUACACCUCCGUGAUGCUGGGCCUGCUCUUCGCCGCGCCCUUCGCCACCAUCCUGGUGUGCUACGUGCUCAUGGCGCGCCGGCUGCUGCGGCCGGCCUAUGGCACCGCGGGCGGCCUGCCGCGCGCCAAGCGCAAGUCGGUGCGCACCAUCGCAGUGGUCCUGGCCGUGUUCGCCAUCUGCUUCCUGCCCUUCCACGUCACCCGGACCCUCUACUACUCCUUCCGCUCGCUGGACCUCAGCUGCCACACCCUCAACGCCAUCAACAUGGCCUACAAGAUCACCCGGCCGCUGGCCAGUGCCAACAGCUGCCUGGACCCCGUGCUCUACUUCCUGGCCGGGCAGAGGCUUGUGCGCUUCGCCCGGGAUGCCAAGACGCCCACAAACCCCACGCCCACAAACCCCGCGCCCACUGCCCAGGCCAGCCGCCGGCUGGACCUGUGCAGGUUUCGCAGAACGGACACCAGGGCAGAAGCGGGGUCGGCCAGCAGUGAGAACUCCAGCAGGGAGUCCCCGUUGGCGGGUGGUGGGGACACGAAGGACAUCAGGCUAUGAGGCCUAAACCUCUCCCUCCGGCCAGGGCAAGCUUGUACGGGGAGGCAUCGGUAGGAGCUGUGACUUGUUCAAGUUCAAAUGAGGUGAUCUCCUCAGAUACGGAUCAUCAUGACUCAUGCUGGAUGGUCCAAGGAGCCGUGACCCCAACAUUCUAUCGCUUGGCAGGGGCUCCGGACACUCUGUGGUCCAGCGAGCUCAACAGUGCCCCACAGCCCCGUCCCCGUUUGUAUGUGUCAACUGGGGAAUAAGGUUUCAAGAAGGCAAGGGUUCAGGGCCUGACUCACCCACAAAAAUAUAGCUGGCCGUGCCUGCCAAGGGACCUAAGCAAGAGCAAGUCAAACAGAGAAACAGGCCAAGAGAGGAAAGUGACUUACCCACGUCACACAGAGGAUCCGGGCCUGAGCGGACUGGGAGGUGGGGGGGGGGGGUCCCAGGCUGACGAGAAGACCCUGGUUGCAGCCAGUGCUGAGCCAGAGCUUCCCACAGGGGAACUGGGGCAGGUCUGGGUGCCACAGUGGACUAAGCAAUGAGAAGCACCCCCAGCCCAAGAAGUGAACAUCUGGAAACUGAUUCAUAAAACCAUGUGGAGGCUCCCAUGGGCUGGGAGCCAGUUUGAGGCUGUAACUUGUACUAAAAGUGUUGUUGUCUGCU